GUAAUUAUUAUGUCUACGUCUGUAGUUCAGUUGUGUCGUAGCUGCACAGAGUUGUUCGUUCAUUCUAUCUAUCAUCUUUAACUGAAUAGUUUUAGAACAAUGGAUUCAAUCCCAGUUAUUGAUUUAGACUUUUUUACAAAAUGUGAAAUAACGGACAGUGUUUUAAAUGAGAUCAAAACCAAGAAAAUUGCUGAAGAAAUUAGAUUCGCUUUGCAUGAAGUAGGAUUUAUGUACCUAAUCAAUCAUCGUGUUUCACCAGUUGUUAUCGAAAAUGCAUUCAAAGCCAGUAAAUCGUUCUUCGAUUUGGAAUUGGAGACAAAGGCCAAGUACAAGAAAAUACCAGUGUUGACUAACCAUGGAUGGAUUCAGCCAGGCGCAGAAUUAUUGCAUCCAAAAUCCGUAUUCGAACUUCGGGAAGGUUUCGAUUUCGUCGAUGCCACGAAAGUGAUCAGCGAAUGCCCGAGCUUCUCUGUUGAAAUGUCGACAUUCAAAACCGCCUGCGAACAAUUUGCUCGUAAGGUUUUGCUACUUCUGAGCUUGGCAUUUCAAAUUGACGAUGUCAAUUUCUUCGUAAACACCUGUACGCACUUGAACGAUCCAAAUGUGCCGAAUGAGUGCGAUAUGCGAGCUAUCUACUAUCCGCCAAUUCCGAAAAAUCAAGACAUCCCAGAGGGAACCGUUCGAUGUGCAUCACAUACAGACUAUGAGUUGAUGACUUUACUGUUUCAGGAUAAUGUCGGAGGAUUGGAGGUCCGACGAACCGACGGAAGUUGGCUACCUGCAACUCCAGUACCUGGUAGCAUUCUUGUGAACACAGGAGAUCUAUUGGAAAGAUGGACGAGUGGAUAUUUUCCUGCUACAAAACAUCGUGUGAUCAUUCCACCAACAGAAAUCAAACAGAGGACGCCUCGAUAUUCUUUUGCAUACUUUUUCGCACCAGACAACGACACUGUGGUAUCGCCGAUCGUAAAUUCUCCAAUUGCUCAAUCUCUCAAAGCGACGGGCAGUGAACCAAUAACUGCCUAUCAACACAUUCAAAACCGGGUCAAAGAAGCGUACCAGUAUUAAGAGUUGGUAUUUCGUUAUAACUGGAGGCUCAGUUUAAGUUAAAGAAUUCAGAUUUUCAAUAAAUUUGGGCAUUAUCAAUGGAAA